AUGGCUUACACAAUGCUGAAUACAGUUGACUUCUCCUCAACACCAUCAACUUCGACGGACGAUCUUCAUAACGUGCAGUUUUUUUUGUUUACCUCAAAAAUUGUAGUAAUUAAACCUAAAAUAAAAAAUAUAUUUGUUUUGAAGAAAAACAAUUUUGAAUUGAGAAAAUCUUGCUUUACUAUUUCUGACAAAAAUUGUACUGCGAGACUUUUUUUCGAAAAUUUGAGCCAGAAGCUCAUGCUGUUUUCGAAAAUAUCAAUUCGAUUUUGUUUGGGGGAAGUUGCGAUGUUUAUCGCAAACUGUGUAAUUAAACCAAAAACUAUCAAACUUGGGAUAAUUAAACCUACUCAGAUAACUUAUGCUGAGGUCUUCUAAAUUCAUCUUCAUUUUAAUAACUUUCAUUAUUUUCAGAACUCGUCAAAUUUCCAUUUGCUUCUUGAGGAUUUGGAGUUUUCUCCAGAAAAAUCAAAGAAAAACCCAAGCAAUGAACACGUCGCGGAAGAUGAGUAUGAAGAAGAGAACACUGAAGUUCAAUACCCAUACCAAAGAAAGAACAAAUAUGAAGACUUAAUGAGUCGCAUUGAAACACGUCUGAAUGACGGAAGUAUGCAAACUUCAGAAGAGUUGAAUUUAAAAGUGAAGGUAAAUACUUAUUGAAUUUUCAUUACUUGAAAUACGGUUUUAUUUUUUUUAGAAAGCUCUUGAUGUGAUCAACAAGACACCUGAAAUUACAAAUGGCAAGAAAUUUGGCGAAACAAAAUUCUAUACUUGUCUUUUCUGCUCCAAAUAUUUCGGUUGCACUGUUUCAUUGAAUGAACAUAUUGCAGAUGAACAUGAUUUUACCGUAAGUUGUUAUUCAGUUUGAGAAAUAACAAUAACUAAUUAGCUUGUUUCAGAAAAAUCCCCACCGUUGUCAAAAAUGCGGGAAUUCCUAUAAGUACAAGAAAAAUCUUGAACUUCAUUUGGAAAAACAUGAAUUGAAAUUGGAAUAUGAUUGCAAGUUAUGCUCUAUGGUAUUUAGAAGUUCAGUGUCUUUAGAUGCUCAUUCUGCCAGAGUUCAUCAGAAAAAUGCGGACGGAACAGAUUUGGACGAUGCAGAUGUAACACGAUGCCCAGUUUGUAAGAAGGAAUUUGCCGAAUCAGCUCUCAAAAGACACAUGUAUUAUUGUGAAAAUAGAAAUGAGAUUCUUACAAAACGAGCUGAAAAGAAAUCUAUAAGUGUUCCACCAAGUCCCGCUUUAUCAAUGGCAAGUGUAUCAUCAUUCACAAGUCUCGGAUCAUUGACACCAAAAGCAUCAUACGUUGAUAAAAGUUGUAAAGUUUGUGGACAAUCUUUUGCAAGCCGACAAUCAAUGCUUCGACAUAUUACAAGAAAACAUCCAGAACUUAAAGAUGAUCAAACAGUAACUGCUGUGACUUAUGUUUCUGUGGAUUCAGUGAGUUAAAUAGCCACAGAAAAUGAAAUGAAUAAAUUUACUUUCAGCCAAACCAUCAAUAUGCAUGCGAAGAAUGUGGAAAACGAUUGACAACUCGUGCUGCUCUCAGCCUUCAUAAAGAACGAAUUCACAAGAAAAGCUGUCGUUACGAAUGUGAAAUUUGCAACAAAUCGUAAGUUUUCAAAUAAAUUUGGAUUUUAUUCAAAAUUUCUGAUUUUUGCAGAUACCCAAUCCCAUCAGAACUGCGAAAACACAUGCAACGUUCUCACCAAAAGAAUAGUAAUAUCCCAGCUGAGAUCUCUGAAGAAAUUGAUUUGACAACUUUCUAG